CUCUUUUCAGUUUUUUCAUCAUCUUAUAAAUUUAUUCCAAUCCCCUGUUUACCUUCAAAGCAACAAAACAGAGAAAAAGAUAAAACUAAAAAACAUGGAGGAAAAGCUCUGUGCAGCUGGUUCUUUCACUAAAAUGGCAAAAUCUCUGAACAAAAUGGAGAUGAAAGUAAAUGAAGCAAUUUCAAAGAGCAGAAUCGGCAAAUACUUCAAAUUGGAAUCUCGAAAAAGCUCUUUCACUAAAGAGUUUCGUGCUGGUACCGCUACGUUUCUUACGAUGGCUUAUAUAAUUACCGUCAACGCCAGCGUUUUAUCGGAUUCCGGUGGAACUUGCUCCGUCACCGACUGCACUUUUCCGGCGAACCAAACGCAUGCAACUCCAGAUUGCGUGCUCAAUAACGAAGGUUACGAAAAGUGUGUUGCGAAAAUGAGAAGUGAUCUUAUUGUGGCUACUGCUUUAGCUUCUAUGAUUGGGUCAUUUGCUAUGGGCUUAUUGGCGAAUCUUCCUUUGGGCUUAGCUCCAGGUAUGGGCCCAAAUGCUUAUUUAGCUUAUAAUUUAGUGGGCUUUCAUGGGUCUGGAAAAAUGUCAUAUCAGACUGUUAUGGCAAUUUUCUUAGUUGAAGGCUGUGCGUUUUUAGCAAUAGCUGUAUUUGGGCUUCGUGGGAGGAUAGCUCGGUUUAUUCCUCAGCCCGUUAGGUUAGCUUGUGCGGCUGGGAUUGGGCUUUUUAUUGCAUUUGUGGGCUUACAAGCCCAUCAAGGUGUGGGCUUAGUUGGCCCAGAUUCAUCUACCUUGAUCACUCUUACUGCUUGCACCAGUACAAAUCCGGUGACCGGAGAAUGCACCGGCGGGAAGAUGCAGAGUGCAACUUUCUGGUUAGGUUCAGUUGGGUUUAUAAUAAUGUGUUAUGGAUUAAUGAAGGAGAUUAAAGGGAGUAUGAUAUACGGUAUUCUCUUUGUGACGUUAAUUUCAUGGAUUAGGAAUACUGCUGUUACGGUUUUUCCUAAUACUCCAUCUGGUAAUUCAAGCUAUGAGUAUUUCAAAAAAGUGGUGGAUUUUCAUAAAAUUGAGUCUACAGCUGGAGCUCUAGAUUUUACGCAUUUCAACAAUGGUGAAGUGUGGAUAGCUUUAAUAACAUUGUUAUACAUAGAUGUGUUAGCUUCAACAGGUACAUUGUAUACAAUGGCUGAAAUUGGGGGAUUUGUGAAUGAAGAUGGAGAAUUUGAAGGUGAAUAUACCGCGUAUAUGGUUGAUGCAGGAUCAACUAUAGUUGCAUCAACUCUAGGAGUUUCACCUGUAGCUACAUUUGUAGAAUCAUCUGCUGGGAUCAGAGAAGGUGGAAGGACAGGAAUAACGGCGAUCGUCGUUGGGUUUUAUUUCCUCUUGUCUUUGUUCUUCACACCUUUGAUUGCCAGUGUGCCACCAUGGGCUAUAGGUCCAUCUUUGGUUAUAGUUGGGGUGUUGAUGAUGAAAGUUGUUAAGGAUAUUGAUUGGAAUAAUAUUAAGCAUGCAGUGCCUGCAUUUGUUACUAUGGUGUUAAUGCCUUUGACAUACUCAAUUGCCAAUGGUAUUAUUGGUGGAAUUGGUGUAUAUAUUGCUCUAAGUUUGUAUGACAACAUGGUGAGUUGGGUGAAGUGGUUGAUGAGAAUGAAAAAAAUGGUGGUGAAAGAGCAAAACCAGGUGUCAGCUACUGCAGAUCAGAGUAUUGAAGUAGUUUGAUAUUUUCAUCGUUCAACGAUGCUAGUUCUUCGUUU